AUGACGCAAAAUAUUUAUGAUAACGAAAAUUUCUUUGAACAAUAUGCCCAGCUCAAACGUUCAACCUACGGACUGAGUGGUGCACCAGAAUGGCCAUCGAUUGUGAAGAUCUUACCCGAUUUGAAAGGACUAAACAUUGUUGAUCUUGGCUGCGGAUACGGCUGGUUUUGUCGCUAUGCACAAGAGAACGGCGCGAAGCAUAUGUUGGGUCUGGACAUCUCAGAACGAAUGUUAAGCAAAGCAAAGGAACUAUCAGUAGAUAGUACAAUCGUUUAUCGUCUCGAGGAUUUGGAACAACUCGAACUGUCUCCGAAUACAUAUGAUUUAGCAUACAGUUCAUUAACUCUACAUUAUAUCGAACGCUUAUCUCAAUUAUUGAAAACUAUUUAUCAAUCAUUGAAAUCUGGUGGACACUUUAUAUUCUCGUCAGAACAUCCAAUUUACACUGCCCCAAUGGAACCUGGCUGGUCCGUUGCUAAAGAUGGCAGAAAAUCGUGGCCAAUCAACAACUAUCAGACAGAAGGACGUCGUGUGACCGACUGGUUAGUUAAAGGUGUUGUUAAACAACAUCGUACCUUGGGAACAUAUCUUAACAUGUUGAUUAAACAAGGAUUCAUCAUAAAACAUGUGGAAGAAUGGGGCCCUACUCGACAAGAGAUCAUCGAAAAUCCAUCACUAGAUGAAGAGAUCGAACGACCAAUGAUACUUCUAGUAUCGAUACAAAAGCCUGAUCGAAAAUAA